AUGAGAAAACCCCGUACGGAUAAAGAACGUGUUAUUCUUGAUUAUGUCGUGGAAAAAGAACCGUGGUUGAGUGGUGUGGGUAGUGGUUUGAAUUCUAUCAUUUGUUACGAUGAUAAAUUUAAAGAUGAAUACGGAAAUCCUGCGGUCGAAGCUUUGGUUUCGCCAAGAUAUAGUGAAGGGAUCGUGUAUGUGAUACCCUGCGAAUGGGUGAAAAGAGUGGUAUUUAAUGAAAAGGGGUACAUGAUUCUAAAAUCCUUCGAGUUUUGCUGCCGUCAAGUUUUGAAGCGCACCGAUUGUAAAUUGGUACGUUGUCAAGAGAUGAUUUUAGGCGAACCCUAUCUUAAGGAUGCGUCUUAUUUCCAUGUGGGUUGUGGACCCUGCAAUGAAGAAAAAGUGUAUUUGUUGUAUGAAAUACCGAUUUUUUUGGGUUUAAAACCCUUGUUUGAAAUAUUUCAAACAACAUCGUUUACAACGGAUAUAUUAUAUAUUAUAUAUAUAUUAGGUGAUCUCGAUGAUAUGACGCUUCAUAUGAUGAAAAAUGACGGUUCGUUUCGAGAAUACGAUAGCGAAUAUUUACAGAAAAUGUUAAAACAUAUUUUAGUAUGUAGUAGAUGUUGUAAAUAUUUAAAAGAUUUUAUAAUGACAAUUGAUAAGUUUCUCGAGAUAACCGACCCUGUACCGGAUUAUAGCGAUAGUUGUAACGUAGAAACAUUUUUAGAUGAUAUAAUACCAUGUGAUGUUUUUUUGAUAGACGGUGAAUUUAACGUGAUUCGAGAACAAUACUAUUCGGCGUUAUCAAAUCAUACUAAUGAACUGGGUAUUGAAGCUUCGCACAGUCUUGUGUUGAAAUUCAUACAAGAACAUGGCAGUGUUUCGCAAAUAUAA